AUGGCCGAGCACAAGCUGCCCUGGCGACAGUUCGUCAUUCUCUCAUUAUGUCGCUUUGCCGAGCCCAUCGCCCUCACGAGCGUGUUUCCUUACUUGCCCGAGAUGAUCGAGUCCUUCGGCGUGCCCAAGAACGAAAUCGCAAAAUGGGCCGGCGCCGCCUCCGCCAUAUUUAGCCUGGGCCAGUGCCUGACGAGCAUAUUCUGGGGGAGGGCCUCGGACAAGUACGGGCGCAAGAGAAUCAUCCUGCUGGGUUUGACGAACACUAUGCUCACUAGCUUGUUGUGGGGCUUCUCUACCUCGCUGCCUAUGGCUCUGACGGCCAGAGCAAUACAAGGUGCCGGAAAUGGGAAUGUGGGAAUCCUCAGGACUAUGGUGGCCGAGUUGUGCCCGUGGAAAGAACUGCAGCCGAGAGCGUUCAGCAUAAUGCCGUUAAUCUACAACAUAGGCAGUGUCUUUGGCCCGGCAAUUGGUGGAGCAUUGUCGAAUCCGCUCGGCGUUGAUGUAUCGAAACCCCGUGGCGACUCGUUCUUCGAGAAGUUCCCUUUUGCUCUCCCAAACAUCGUCGGCUCCCUGCUUUUCCUCACCGGCAUAAUCACCGGCAUCCUUUUCCUUCAUGAAACGCUGGAAACCAAAAAAGACGAAACAGACUACGGCUUGAUACUAGGCGAAAAGCUCGAAUCCGCCUUCAACAAUCAAAUUGUGAGAGCGAAGAAUGUGUGGCAUAGAGCGAAGGGCGAGGAGACGGAGCCACUGCUCAAGCACGCCGACUCCUCCAUGUCAAACCAGGAUGGCGACGAGGACCAGACGAAUGAUGACCCACGCAAUCGGGCGGAGCAGAAGCACGUCACGAUCCGUGAGGUCCUCACAGUACAGUCCGUGACCAAUCUGGUCAUAUAUACUGUUUUGGCCAUGCAUUCCAUCGGCUAUGACCAGCUCCUCCCUGUCUUCAUGCACCACCCGGCUCACCCCCGUGAUGGCUCAUCGUACGACCCCGCCAACCCGCUCAAGUUCUCCAACGGCUUCGGCAUCAAGUCCAAGAACAUCGGGACCAUGUUCACCUUGUAUGGUGCGCUCUGCUUCCUCUUUCAGCUGUUUUUCUUCCCGCCGCUCGCUCGGCGUUUCGGUGUCUUGCGCUGCUUCCGCGUCGUGUCACUUAUUUUCCCUGUCGUCUUCCUGAUCACCCCCUUCACCGCACUGCUUCCAGACCAAACCUCCCAACAGGUCGUCUUGUUCCUGAUCAUGACGGUCAAGGGUUGCUGCACUACGUUCGCAUUCCCCUGCAGCACCAUCCUUCUCACAAACAGCGCGUCCUCGCUUCGCGUGCUCGGCACGCUCAACGGCAUCGCUACGUCCGUAUCUGCCAUUGGUAGAGCUUCUGGACCGGCGGUCGGUGGCAGUCUCUUCACUCUCGGCGUCAAACAUGGUUACGUCAUCGCGCCGUUCUGGAUGUUCACUGCCAUCUCCCUGAUCGGAGCCGUGCCAGCCUUCUUGCUUGUUGAGGGUAAGGGGUUUGGACCUGACGACGAGGACGAGGAUGAAGAAUCCUCGGGUGAUGAGGACAGCGUCGCAGCCAAGGCAGCCGGACGACAGUCUGCAGCCGGAGCGAGGGGUCUCGACGGCGGAGACGAGGAGAACAACGACCGUGUGGGAGAUCUACUCAGCCGUACCACAACCUUCUCGUCAAUUGCAUCCGCUGCCAUCAGCGAUGAGGACGAGGAUGAAGAUGGGACCAACGGCUAUCCGAUCAGCGCAAGCCUGCCGGCGGAGGCGCCGCACCGGCCGCCACGUGUGAGUCGGGCGCCAUCGACGGUGAGAAGAAGGACGAGCGUGCCAAUUGGUAUGGGCGGCAAUGGUUUGAGGAGGUACAGUUCGAAUCUCGGUGUAACCAGAGAUGGGUACGGAACCGGACAAAGCUGGGGCGGCUGA